UCUUAGCUGCCUGUGCGUAAUGCAGUGUGAGUGUCGCGAGCAGCUCUUGCGUGUUCUAGAGCAAUGGCGAUGUAAUAGUUUCUUGUCAACGUUCAGCCACCACAGAGUCGGCAGACCUGCAGUUCUGCGUGUGUGGCCGUGCAUGCACCGUGACUGCUUUGCAAACGGAUAGUGCCGCCCCAGGUUUCGCUGUGACUGGCAGCUUUCAGCGCCACCACGCCAGCUCAUGAUGAAGCUCAGAACAGCAAUGGACCGCUAGUACAUGAUUGUAGGUCUAUCACAGACCCUGACGUUGUCGAAUGGUGUCAGAGCCAGUUUCAAGCUAAAAUGGCAAGAACCACAGUCACGUGCAGUACUGAAGUGGAUGUAUCGUCGAUGAUUUACGGACGCGGCAGCUGUACUUUCCAGACUACGCAGAUGCAGGCACCACUGUUGGGCGUGGAACACCGCAUUCUAGAGGAGUGCCUAAGCCCUGAGUAUAACUGAGGCUCAUUCGUGCUGCAGUUGAAGGAGUUCUGCGUUGGCUGCCAUCGUCCAUUGAGCCAGGAGGUUGUGUGCAGUCAUGGAGGGUCCCUAUGUCCUCUGUCUUACUGUUGUGGUAGUGGUCUGCUACUCGACUAUUGCAACAGCUAGUCCGGAAGUGAGUACAAAGAAUGGGCACAUCACCAUAACAACGGAUGCAAACAAAGACAUCACCAUCCAACCGGGAACAGGUGGAAAGUUGUACUUGAAGAACGUCGUUUCGGACGCCUCAUCCGGUGGAACGGGUAGUACUGGCGGUACUACUGGAGGUACUUCCACUCCGCAGUGUGGUCUAGUGCCCACGUGUCCGUACUGGAUGAACGUCAAUGUUACAAUGAUACCAUCACGAGGUGGUGCACGUCUGGAGUUUGCUACAUCCGGUUUGUCCAACCUCUUUCACCCAUCGUUCAAUCCCUCGUUUACCUGCAAGUUCACAUCCAGCCGUCAAACAGCGACGUCGGUGCCUACAAAUGUAACGAUCAAGACGGAUACGAAAGAACCAGGAUUGUUUUACGUCGUUGUAUGCACCGUACCAGACUGGGGCUUUGUCAGUUUGGCGACUUUCAGCGAGUCGGUCAAGGUCACGCUCUGGUUUCAAGGAAAUACAGAAAUUCCGUUCGCCGGCAUUGCCAGUUGGCAAAUGGCUACCAUGUUCACUGCUGUCCUUGCUGCAUCCCAGAAACCAGGAAGCAUUACGCUGAACACUGCUGGUUUGGAUACAAGUCUCAGCUAUUUGUGUCGCUUCAGUGACUCUCUCAUCACCUCACAGUACGCAAACACGGCGAUUGUGAGUACAAUGAAUUCAUCACAGAUCGUGUGUCCCAUCCCGGCAUGGACUGCAAGUACCAAGAGAUCUGUAUCUGCUACCGUGGAUCUCUACAUAGUCACGUCGUCACAGAUCAGAGUGCCGUUCCAAGGCAAGAAAAAUCCCGCUUUCAUCAUUAACAGCUGUUUUGAUGGUGCAAAGAAUGGAGAUGAGACGGACAUUGACUGCGGUGGUUCGUGUACUAAGAAGUGUACAGGCACCAAGUCAUGCAGGGCGACCUCUGACUGCAUCGCCACAUUUGCAUGUAUCAGCAGUGUUUGCACAGCAACAUGCACCGGCUCUGGCUGGGUGUACAAGGGAAUCUGUCUAAGGAAAUCCGUCGUUUCAGGAAGCUUCGACCAGGUACCGACAUCGUGCACAGCGUAUCAGCCUUCAGUGGCAUGGACCAAGGGAGAUUACACGGCUAUCUGCACGAAGUUUGGUGGUCCCAGUAGCUGUACAAAUGUCGAUACAGAUGCCAAUGGAGGCAGGUGCAGUAACUACAAAGCAAUUCUUGGUUACGAGAAUACAGGUGUGCCCGAUGUCUGGGUUCACAUCAACACUUUCGCCUGGAACCCAACAAUUUCAGCGACACCCGACUGCCAGAUAAAUCCUAAUCCACCGGCCACACUUGUGUAUGCUUGCCAGUGAGGUAUGAGUGCUCCCCCCCCCCCCCUCCUUCCCUCAGCAAACUGCACUAAACAUGCCAGUAAGGUGUACGUGCUGCUUCCCCCCCCCCCCCCCCCCUCCCCAGCACACUGCAUUAGAUUUGCCAGUGAGGUGUGAGUGCUGUCACCCCCCACCCCUCCCCAGCACACUGCAUUAGAUUUGCCAGUGAGGUGUGAGUGCUGUCACCCCCCCCCC